AGGGGAAAAAGGAGAAGUGAAAAUAUUAAAAUAUCGAAAGAUACUUGAAAAAAAAAAAAAAAAAAGAAAUCACGCGCUUUAUGUUUUUGGCCUGAUGUCACCAAAAACAGGAAACUUUCAGACUUUCAGAUUCAGAGCACAUAUCACACUGACACCUGCUUGAUCUGGAGAGAUCGCUUUUUAGGUUACUGACUUUUGAAACCCAUUUCCUAAAUUAAGUGGCUCCAGUGAUGAUGGCGACCGUAUCCUUUUACGCAGCCUACCUGCUGUGCUUAGUGCUCAGCCUGGUGUGUGUGGUGCUGGUUGCCCACUGGAACUCGGCCUACCGCGGCGGGUUCUCUUGGGACGGGACAAUCACGCAAUUCAACUGGCAUCCCGUGUUCAUGGUGGUCGGCCUGGUGGUGCUGUACGGAAACGCCGCCGUGCUGUACCGCAUCCCGCUGUCCUGGACUCAAGACAAAAUGCGAUGGAAGAUCCUCCAUGCCUGCCUUCUUCUCCUCGCACUGAUCUUCACCAUCUUGGGCUUGUGUGCCGUGUUUAACUACCACAACGCCAACAAUAUAGCGAAUCUCUACUCGCUGCACAGCUGGAUAGGAAUCGCCACCAGUGCCUUGUUCGCUGUUCAGUGGGUUGCUGGAUUCGGAGCAUUUCUCCUUCCAUGCUCACCUGUGCCUCUGAGAGUGCUCGUCAAACCCACCCACGUGUGGUUGGGCUCCAUUCUGCUGGUCCUCAGUGUUGUGUCCUGCAUCUCCGGCAUCAACGAGAAGCUGUUCUCUGUGCUAAAAAAGGGAUCCAAUGAGACGCUGCCGUACAAGCAGCUGCCACCGGAGGCGGUACUCGGCAAUUCGCUCGGCGUCGUCAUUGUGGCUUUGGCACUGCUGGUCCUGAAAAUCCUGUCCAAUAAGAACUGGCAACGUCCUGAGCCGACAAAUGAGGAGGCGGGCUACAGGCAACUGCCAGGGGACAACAACUGAUGUCUCCAAGAAUUGAUUAGAGCUUUCUCUAUGCUUCAGGUUACAGUCUGAACCAGUUAAACGCACAGAUUCCAUGGUUUAUCCGCUAGGAGUGUUGUAUUAGGUUUAUUUUUGAUAUUUAUUCGCUUCUUAUUGCACGACUGUGUUUGGAGAUUUUUCAGUUUAUGGUGCAUAAAGAAGAAGCAGAACACCAAAAACGUGCUCUUGUUUGUAAUAAAUAAAUAUUCAAACACGAAUGUGCUGCAUCAUAUGAUAUUGAAAAUAAAAUGUAAUGGUUGUUCAGUUAGUAAUCAAUAAAAAGGCAAUAAAACAUGCAAUCAUGAAAACAAA